CUGGGUCGACCCGAACCAGACCCAAAACCAAGCAGGUUCUUUCCAUUACUGAUUUUGGUGCUAAGGGUGAUGGUUUCCAUAAUGACACACAGGUUAUUUCCUUGUUUUUUUGUUUGUUGUUUAAAUUUUUAGGCUUCAACUUUUGUGGUUUUUUUUAUAAAAUGAUAUGCAAAAUGUAACUGUUGUUGUUUAGUGACAAAUGCAUCAUAGUGCUGUAUAAUGUCAAUGAUCAUGAACCAAGUGUUUGAGCUCAAGUGGUUAAUGAGCUCCACCAAAGAACAAAUUAUUUGGGACAAUCCGAAUUUGAUUCCUGGGUGGAACAAUGUUUGGCUGAACUUUACUUACCUCUCAGCCGAACUCCAGAUUAUCAGGGUCCCCAUUCCUCUGGGAAUUGGACCGGAGGGUUAACACAAAAAAAUGAACAUGUGUGGUGCUUCUUUUUAAAAUUUCAGCAUUUGUAUUGAGAUUCAUAGUUUAUGGAAUGUUUAGGGCAAGUGAUCAUUUGAUAACUUUGUUACCCUUAGGGAUAGCCACCUAAUGUUUGAUAGUUUGUCUCUUAGAACAAGCAAAUAUGUUAGGAUAUAGAAUAUAGGUUAAUUAGAGUAGUUAAGUAAUGAGAGUUAGUAGAAGUUAAUAGUAAGUUGAUAAGUUUGUUCUGUGGUUUUUAUAAGUUGUUAAUUCUUAGAAACUCUUCAAAUUGUCCUCAAUUGGUAGAAGAAAGUAUAUCUUUGAAUAAUUAAAUUUUGUGACUAGAGAAUUCUAGUGUCAUAGGAAAGUGCUCCUUUGGGGGUCGCCUUGAGUGCAAGGUUAUCAUCUUCACCAUAAACCUUAUGUAUCUUCUCUUUCAAUCUCUCUACACCAAUAAGAAAUCUUUCAUUUGUUGCAAUCUUUAUUCCUUUGAAUCUAUUUUUACACCACUAUUGUAGGAAUUUUUUCCUUGUUCAAAGAAAGGAUCCUAGCAGUAGCACAAUACUUAAUUGAAGAUGGAUCUCAAAAUCCCUCUUUGGAUGGAACUUUGGUUGAGAAAUGGUGGAGUCUUCUCGAUCUCACGAGAGACAGAUUAAGUACCAAAGGUGUUAUAUGUCCUUUCACCUGUGCUCGCAGUGGAACAAAUAUUGACAAUCCUUGGCACCUUUCCCUCACAUGUAGCUGUAGCGUUGAAUGCUGGCAGGAGUGUAUGUUGUGUCACAUUGUGGAGAAGCAUAUCAUGUACCAUGAAAGUUUUAAAAACUGUUUUUUUUGGCUUGGGGGAAGAGCUGAAUACUCAUCAAAUUACUAAUGUGGCAAGCUAUUGUAGAGGAGCUGAAGCAGAUUGGAAAGCGGGCAUGGUUGGACUGGUUCUCUUGGAACCAAAUGCAAGAUCAAGAUGUCUCUGGCGCAGCAAGGCGUGGUUACCAUGACAGCCAUGCAGCAUGGAUUAACCCCCUUCAGGAAUGAUAAAAUUGAAUGUUGAUGCAGGUUUAAACUUGAACUGUGAAAGCAUGGUAUUGGUAUAGUAGCAUGAGAUGACAAUGGUGCUUUCCUGUUGGCUAAAACUUGAAGGGGUGGCUCAUGAGCGACUUCGGGAUAAAAAUGUCUUUGUGUUGGAUUCAAAAGCUGUAGUGGAUAAUUUUGAUUCUUCACAAGUUGAUGAAUCUGAACGGGAGCUAUUAUUUCUCAUUGCCUUCUUGGAGGCUUGGAAAGUCGCGUGUUCUUUCUCAGGAUUUACAAAAGUUAUUUUUCCAUAUGGGAAAACUUUUCUUGUCCAUCCAAUUGACAUUGCUGGACCGUGUCGAUCCAAGGUCACUUUGAGGAUCUCCGGAACAAUUGUUGCACCGCGAGAUCCUGAGGUAUGGCAUGACUUAAAUAAGCGCAAAUGGCUUUACUUCCACGGGGUGAAUCACCUUUCUGUAGACGGUGGAGGGAAAAUAGAUGGAAUGGGACAAGAUUGGUGGUCCAGAUCUUGCAAGCAUAACUACACAAAUCCAUGUAAGCCUGCUCCAACGGCCGUGACUUUUCAUAGAUGCAAGAAUCUGAAAGUCAGAAACCUUAUGCUGAUAAAUAGCCAAAAAAUGCACAUGGCAUUCACUAGCUGUAGGCGAGUUGUUGCAUCCCAUCUCAGAGUAUUAGCACCUGCCUCCAGCCCUAAUACUGAUGGAAUCCACAUUAGUGCAACAACAGGUGUCGUGAUUAGUCGUAGUGUAAUUAGAACAGGUGAUGACUGCAUCUCCAUAGUAAGAAAUUCUUCACGGAUCUGGAUCAGAAAUAUUUCCUGUGGUCCAGGCCAUGGCAUAAGCAUUGGUAGCUUGGGGAAAUCAAAUGCAUGGGAGAAGAUUCACAAUGUAAAAGUUGAUGGAGCUUAUCUUUACAACACUGAUAAUGGGGUGAGAAUCAAAACAUGGCAGGGUGGGAGUGGUUUUGCCUCCAAUAUCACAUUCAAGAAUAUCUUGAUGGAAAAUGUGUCCAAUCCAAUAAUCAUUGAUCAAUACUACUGUGACUCACGAGAUCCAUGCAAGAAUCAGACUUUGGCUGUUCAAGUGGGGAACAUAUCCUUUAUUAAUAUUGAAGGAACUUCAGCCACCGAAGAAACAAUUAAAUUUGCUUGCAGUGAUACCUCUCCAUGUGAAGGACUAUAUCUAGAAAACAUUUUUCUUCCAUCAUACUUUGGAGGAGAUACAAGAUCUUACUGCUGGCAAGCUCAUGGUUCUGCUAAAGGUUAUGUGUAUCCUCCUGCCUGUUUUUCAAACAGUAGCGAUUUUAUUAGACAGAAUGUCUUGUUAGAGUCAAAUCCUGCUAUCAACUCUGUCUGAACAGAAGGUAUUUUGUACAUAAUAAAACGAGUAGAUGAACCCUUCAUAUCAGUUCUGCAA